AACUGCAAGAGCUCAUCAGGUCAGGUCCGCCACACUCCUAAACCCUCGGUCGGAGCAAGCCCACCGCACCACUCCAGUCGCCGGCGACGGAAGCGGCGCAUCGGCGAUGGACGGGGCGCACGGGCAGAGGCAGCCGAUGUCUCCGGCGAUCUCUGCUUCGGCGGUGCUCCCGCAGCAGCGGCAGAUGCAGCUCCACCACCACCACCACCACCCGGCGCGGUCGUCCAUCGCCGAUCUCUUCACCCUAUACCUCGGCAUGAACUCGAAGCAGCGGGUCGAGGAUCCAACUAGGGAGACCUCGAACAAGUUGCAGAAGAGAGUAACUGCUAUGAACAGAGAUCUGCCUCCCCGAGAUGAGCAAUUCAUUUCGGAUUUUGAGCAGUUGCACAUGCAGUUCCCAGACCAAGAGCAGCUGCAGGCAGUUACGGAAUCAGUUCUCAUCUCAUUUGUCCUGCAGUGUAGUAGCCACGCCCCACAAUCUGAGUUCUUGCUCUUUGCCACACGUUGCCUGUGUGCUCGAGGCCACCUUCGAUGGGACAGUCUCCUUCCUUCUCUACUUAAUGUAGUUUCCUCCGUGGAGGUACCAAUGGGGCAAGGGGUUUCUGUGACUACUGGUGGCCCGGCAACAUCUUCUUCAUCAGCUAUUGCAGUGCCAAAUGCCCCAAGCUUUCACCCUUCAAAUCCCACAUCUCCAUUGUCAGCAAUGAACACUAUAGGAUCUCCCACUCAAUCUGGUAUCGACCAACCCAUAGGUGCAAAUGUCUCACCCAUUAAGGGAGCAGAAUUCUCUAGCCCUGGACAGCUUGGUCUGACAGCUAGAGGUGACCAGUCUCGCAGGGGAGCAGAAAUUAGUUAUCUGCAUCACUUAUCCUGUAGAAUUAUUCUAGCAGGGCUGGAGUCUGAUUUGAAGCCAGCCACCCAUGCUGUGAUAUUCCAGCAUAUGGUAAAUUGGCUUGUUAAUUGGGACCAGCGACCGCAUGGUGUGGACCAAGCUGAUGCAUUGCAAUUGCAAACCUUGAGGCUUGAAAGACCUUUGCAUGAAUGGAUGCACCUAUGCUUAGAUGUGAUAUGGAUUCUAGUUAAUGAAGAUAAAUGUCGUGUUCCAUUCUACGAGCUUGUUCGCAGCAACUUGCAGUUUCUCGAAAAUAUUCCUGACGAUGAAGCACUAGUUAGUAUUAUUAUGGAGAUCCAUAGGAGGAGGGACAUGGUAUGUAUGCACAUGCAGAUGUUGGAUCAACACCUUCAUUGCCCAACAUUUGCAACUCAUCGGUUCUUGUCGCAAUCAUACCCAAGCAUAGCUGGUGAAUCUGUUGCUAAUUUGCGUUAUUCUCCCAUUACUUAUCCAAGUGUAUUGGGAGAGCCGCUACACGGAGAGGAUCUUGCAAACUCCAUUCCUAAAGGGGGUUUAGACUGGGAACGUGCUUUGCGUUGCUUGAGGCAUGCACUCCGCACAACUCCGUCACCAGACUGGUGGAGGCGUGUUCUUCUUGUUGCUCCUUGUUAUAGACAACAUCCUCAACAAUCAUCAACGCCAGGAGCUGUUUUCUCACCUGAUAUGAUCGGUGAGGCAGUUGCUGACAGGACAAUUGAACUACUGAGGCUCACGAACUCAGAGACUCAGUGCUGGCAAGAUUGGCUUUUAUUUGCUGACAUUUUUUUCUUUCUGAUGAAAAGUGGCUGUAUUGAUUUUCUUGAUUUCGUGGACAAGCUUGCAUCUCGAGUAACAAAUAGUGAUCAACAGAUUCUUCGCAGUAAUCAUGUCACUUGGUUACUCGCACAGAUUAUCCGCAUUGAGAUUGUGAUGAACACCCUUAGUUCGGACCCAAGGAAGGUUGAAACUACAAGGAAGAUAAUUUCGUUCCACAAAGAAGACAAGAGCCUUGAUCCAAAUAAUAUCAGUCCUCAAAGUAUUCUUCUUGAUUUCAUAAGUAGCAGCCAAACUUUGCGGAUUUGGUCUUUCAACACUUCAAUUAGAGAGCAUUUGAACAGUGAUCAGCUUCAGAAAGGCAAACAGAUAGAUGAGUGGUGGAGACAAAUGACAAAAGCUUCUGGGGAGAGGAUGAUAGAUUUUACGAGCUUGGAUGAGCGGGCGAUGGGCAUGUUUUGGGUUCUCUCCUUCACCAUGGCACAACCAGCAUGUGAAGCAGUCAUGAACUGGUUUACAUCAGUAGGAGUAGCAGAUUUAAUUCAGGGACCCAAUUUGCAGCCAAAUGAAAGAAUGACAAUGAUGCGUGAAACUUAUCCACUGUCUAUGUCAUUGCUUUCUGGGUUGUCUAUCAAUCUAUGUUUGAAACUUGCUUUCCAGCUUGAAGAGACCAUAUUUCUUGGCCAGAAUGUUCCUAGCAUUGCUAUAGUGGAAACCUAUGUUAGACUGCUGCUUAUAACCCCUCAUUCAUUGUUCCGCCCGCAUUUUACGACAUUAACACAAAGAUCUCCAUCUAUCCUGAGCAAAUCUGGUGUGUCUCUGCUCCUACUUGAGAUACUGAAUUACAGGCUACUUCCUCUAUACAGGUAUCAUGGGAAAAGCAAGGCAUUGAUGUAUGAUGUUACAAAGAUAAUAUCAAUGAUUAAAGUCAAACGUGGAGAGCAUCGUCUUUUUAGAUUAGCAGAAAAUUUGUGCAUGAAUUUGAUUCUCUCACUAAGAGACUUCUUUUUGGUGAAAAAAGAAUUGAAGGGUCCAACUGAGUUUACUGAAACACUUAACCGCAUAACGAUAAUAAGCCUUGCUAUCACCAUGAAGACACGUGGAAUUGCUGAGGUCGAACAUAUAAUUCAUCUUCAACCAUUAUUAGAGCAAAUUAUGGCAACGAGCCAGCAUACAUGGUCAGAGAAGACUCUAAGAUAUUUUCCUCCCCUUAUUCGAGAUUUUUUAAUGGGGAGGAUGGAUAAGAGAGGCCAAGCUAUCCAAGCAUGGCAGCAGGCUGAGACAACUGUUAUUAAUCAAUGUAAUCAGCUACUCUCACCAUCUGCUGAGCCAACCUAUGUUAUGACAUAUUUAAGUCACAGUUUCCCUCAGCAUCGUCAAUAUCUUUGUGCUGGUGCUUGGAUGCUGAUGAACGGACAUCUAGAGAUCAACAGUGCAAAUCUUGCCCGUGUUUUGAGAGAGUUUUCACCCGAAGAAGUUACAGCAAAUAUUUAUACAAUGGUUGAUGUUCUUCUGCAUCAUAUCCAACUUGAGCUGCAAAGAGGGCAUCAAAUUCAGGACUUACUCUCUAAAGCAAUUACGAAUCUUGCUUUCUUUAUCUGGACACAUGAGUUACUUCCAUUGGACAUUCUUCUGUUAGCUCUUAUUGAUAGAGAUGAUGAUCCUUAUGCUUUACGCCUUGUGAUAAAUCUCCUUGAAAGACCGGAACUUCAGCAAAGAAUUAAAGCAUUCUGCACUUCGCGUUCUCCAGAGCAUUGGCUAAAAAAUCAGCCUCCAAAAAGAGUAGAACUUCAGAAAGCCCUCGGUAACCAUCUCUCAGGGAAAGAACGUUACCCCCCCUUUUUUGAUGACAUUGCUGCUCGUCUGCUUCUAGUCAUCCCGUUGAUAAUUUAUAGGCUUAUUGAGAACGAUGCCACAGAUAUCGCAGAUAGAGUCCUUGCAGUUUAUUCUACCUUUCUGGCCUUCCAUCCUCUAAGGUUUACAUUUGUGCGUGAUAUUCUUGCAUAUUUCUAUGGUCAUCUUCCAUCCAAGUUAAUUGUUAGGAUCCUCAACGUGCUGGGUGUUAGCACUAAGACACCUUUCUCAGAAUCAUUUGCCCAGUAUCUAGCGUCAUCAAAUUCAUCUAUUUGUCCACCACCGGAAUACUUCGCCAACCUUUUGUUUGGCCUUGUUAAUAAUGUCAUACCUCCUUUGAGUUGCAAGUCCAAAUCAAACCCAUCGGAUGCUGCUGGCAGUACAGCACGCACAACUUAUAACAAGCCUUAUACAUCUUCCGCUGGAGGAAUCAGUAACUCUGAUGGUCAGAGGGCAUUUUAUCAAAAUCAGGAUCCUGGAUCAUAUACACAGCUUGUUUUGGAAACAGCAGCCAUUGAAAUUCUCUCACUUUGUGUGCCAGCUUCUCAAAUAGUAUCCUCUCUAGUUCAAAUAAUAGCACAUGUACAAGCAAUGCUCAUACAGUCAAAUAGUGGUCAUGGAAUGUCAGGUGGUUUGGGCCAAAACUCUGGGGUGCCGACUUCUUCAGGUGGGGGAGUUGAACCUGUUGGUGCCAACCGACCAAACACCACAGCAAGUGGAAUCAAUGCAUCUAACUUUGUUUCUAGAAGUGGCUAUUCCUGCCAACAAUUGUCUGUUCUGAUGAUUCAAGCUUGUGGUCUGUUGCUGGCACAACUCCCACCAGAAUUCCACACACUUCUAUAUGCAGAAGCAGCCCGGAUCAUAAAAGAUUGUUGGUGGCUUGCUGAUAGUUCAAGGCCUGUUAAAGAGCUUGAUUCUGCUGUUGGGUAUGCACUGUUGGAUCCUACUUGGGCUUCUCAAGACAAUACAUCUACAGCCAUAGGUAACAUCGUUGCCCUUCUUCACUCGUUUUUCAGCAAUCUUCCACAUGAAUGGCUUGAAUCUACCCAUACCGUCAUCAAGCAUCUUCGGCCAGUCAACUCAGUUGCCAUGUUAAGAAUUGCUUUCCGCAUAUUGGGUCCCUUGUUGCCUCGUCUAGCCUUUGCUCGACCUCUGUUCAUGAAGACCUUGGCUUUGCUGUUCAAUGUGUUGGGGGAUGUAUUUGGGAAGAAUUCUCAGGCUUCACCUCCUGUGGAGGCAUCGGAAAUUGCUGACAUAAUUGACUUCUUGCACCAUGCAGUCAUGUAUGAGGGUCAAGGAGGUCCCGUUCAGAGCACUAGCAAGCCCAAACUAGAGAUAUUGACGUUAUGUGGGAAAGUAAUGGAAAUUCUGAGGCCAGAUGUGCAACAUCUUCUAUCCCACCUGAAGACUGAUCCAAACUCUUCAGUUUACGCAGCUACUCACCCCAAGUUAGUUCAAAACCCAUCUUAGUAUUACAAGGCCAUGGAGGAGAACUGACAUAUUUCAGUCGGAAAGAUGGGAGGUUGUUCGAAUGUGUUUCUAGAAGGCGAGAUUCUAAUUGCCGCUGCUUGUUAAAUGAAAAUUUGCUUGCUCCUUAUGGCCAUCACAAAUUCAUGAAUGAAAAUUAGCCUGUUAAAUGAAAAUUACAAGUUCAUGAAUGUUGUAAAAUAGACCAGACCUCAUCCCCUAGAUCUUGCUGGAGGGAUAAAGGUUGAUGAUUUACAGUAGUUGUAACUAAUAGCUUCAUUAGGCCGGGAUGUAGAUUGAGAUUGCCCUAGUGGUUAGAGAGAGACAUUAUUCUCCCGAUCCAUGUUUUCACUUUGUAGCUAGCGUUGUUGUACAUGAAUGUAAAAUACUUGAUUCAGAAUUUAUAACAUAAACACCAAAUUCUAUCAGGCC